AUGUUUGCCGAGCAGGCGGAGAAACUGCGCAAGGUUAUUCGGGAACGCACUUUUGUCUUUUCGAUCCUGCAGGCUUGGCGCGAGGCACAGAAGCUGCGCGAUUGGCCGCGCCCCUGGGGAGGACGAGGGUCCAGGGAGCAGGAGCAGGAGCAGGAGCAGGAGCAGGAGCAGGAGCAGGAGCAGGAGCAGGAGAGGAACAGGAACAGCGGCCCGCGAUCGCAUCUCCAGUCGCUGACGAAGGCUGCGUUCUACGUGCGCACGUACCAGAUUCCGGCGGCCCCCUCCUUGUUCACUGCUGUCUCUUUGGAUCCAGACCGACAGGGCUAG